AUGCGCAAUCUCACUUCCUCUUGUUCCAUCAGAGCUUUCGCAUCUUCCCCAUUUCUCCGCUCCAAUCAUCUUCCUUUUCUUCCUUCAUUUUCACCUUCCGCAACAGGAAAAUCCACACUUUCAAUUCAAUGCGCUGUUCAAUUCCGCCCCUGCAUCGACAUUCACAAGGGGAAAGUGAAACAAAUUGUUGGGUCAACCCUUAAAGAUUUGAAAGGUGAUGAUGGGUCGGAUCCAAUUACCAAUUUUGAGUCUGAUAAAUCAGCAGCUGAGUAUGCCACACUUUACAAACAAGAUGGACUCAAAGGUGGUCAUGUUAUCAUGCUUGGUGCUGAUCCUUUGAGCAAAGCUGCUUCCCUUGAGGCAUUGCAUGCUUAUCCUGGCGGUCUGCAAGUUGGAGGGGGAAUAAAUUCUGACAAUUGUUUGAGUUACAUUGAUGAAGGAGCAAGCCAUGUCAUUGUGACAUCUUAUGUAUUCAACAAUGGUCAAAUGGAUCUUGAAAGGCUUAAAGAUCUUGUUCGCAUUGUUGGAAAAGAGAGGCUUGUGUUGGAUCUCAGUUGCAGAAAAAAGGAUGGUAAAUAUGCAAUUGUCACCGAUAGAUGGCAGAAGUUCAGUGACGUGUCACUUGAUGCUGAAGUAAUGCAGUUUCUUGCCAACUUUGCCGAUGAGUUUCUGGUUCAUGGUGUUGAUGUUGAAGGAAAAAAGUUGGGAAUUGAUGAAGAGCUCGUGGCUUUGCUUGGCAACUAUUCACCGAUUCCUGUGACUUACGCUGGUGGUGUAACUGUGAUGGAUGAUUUAGAGAGGAUAAAAACGGCUGGAAUGGAAAAUGUCGAUGUUACCGUGGGAAGUGCCUUGGACAUUUUCGGGGGAAACUUGGCUUAUAAAGAUGUUGUAGCCUGGCAUAACCGACAAAAGGUCUUUGUGGCUUAA